AUGGGAAAACCUCCGAAUUCAUCGUACGUAGUGUGCAUGAAUGUGAUGAAUACCGUCACACAUGUGUUGAUGGGUGGAGUCGCCUUCUUUGGAAUUGUGAUUGGAGAUGUAUUACCCGAGUUCACAGCCCAUUCGUAUUUUGCAGUAAUUGGGCUAACAAUCCUUUGCAGUCAAGCAAUAAUGUCAGUAAACCCUUACAAGGCGUAUAAUGAAAAUUUCAAGUUCCCGAAGAAGUCGAAAACGUUCUGGAUAGUUCAAAUAGUUGGCUGUAUCGUGGUAUUCGUCGGAGCUUGUUUGGGGAUAGCUGGAGUUAGUAGCCUUACUAUCUCUGUGGGUCCAAUACAGGCUAGCGUGAAACACUUUUCAACCUCUCAUGGAAUCAUUGGUUUGAUGGUCAUGUUAUUAGUGUCGGUGAAAUUAUUAGGUGCUAUCGGGAACUUACUGUUAUCGGAAAGAUUUAAUAAUUUGAUGAAGACUAUAUACGUUAUUGUAUCAAUUGUAACAAUAUCAUUGGCUUACUUAGCAAUUUGCGUAAAGUAUGGCGAUAUUCAUGAUCAUUAUUGGAGUGAGCCAUCUUGGGCUAUAGCAUUUACUGUAUUUACCAUGCUGUCGGUGUGGUCAAUGACUGGCGCCCGAGUUUUUAUGACUGGUAGUAUUAAUAAUGAAUAAGUUUUGAGUUUUAGAUGUAGUUAAUUGUAGUGUGUAACUAGGUUCCCUCUUUACUUUAUAAAAAUUGACUAGAUGUAUUAUAAUUAAAAAACUGUAUGACAAGGGCACGGACCUAGAGUAACGCGGAAAAACUAAAAUUGUAUUUUUUCUAUGAAAAUAAACCAAACACUUAUUUUAAUUAGUCAUAGAUUUAUUUUUAAGAGAUAUAAUGUGCUUAAUUAUAUAGACAAACAUUGUACAUAUUUUUUAUAUAUAAUUAAUUAUCUCUUCUGUAGUUUUCUUGUUUUCCAUUACUGUUCUAUUGAAAGUUUAGUUGAUAGGAAAGA